AUGAUGGAACGAAUACGACAGGUCGCAGAGUCGACCAGCGUCGUCAUCAAAUUCCCGCCAAAACUCCUAAGCAGCUACGAAACAUUCAUAACGAAAAAUGCCGGCGCGGUCGGGCAGGUGGAGGGCGCAUUGCGGUCGUUGACGUAUAUCAUACCUGGACGUUUCAGAGAAACCGAAUUGGCCUCCGAAUCCCUCAACUCCAGCGUCCAACUCCUCUCCCUCUACCAUGACUCCCUGCUCUCGCGCGCCCUGGCGCAAUCGCUACCACGGCGGAAACAAUACCAGAGUCCGCAUAAUCGCUACACCCGCUUCUACUGCCAAAAGAGCGCAACAUACCGACGCACGGCUGUGACCCUGCAGGUGAUACAGUAUACGGAGCUAUUGCUAGAGAUGAUGGCGAAGAGGAGAGGGGAGAAGGCGAAGUGGAGGGUGGUGGUGGUGUUGGAGGCGGUGAAGGCGAUGUGUAGGCUUAUCCUCAUGCGGUUGACGAAUUCGAGGCCGUUGCUCAGCCCGCCGUUGCCGGAACGGGAGGUCGUGGAUGAGGAGCUGGCGGCACAGCAGCAGCAGCAGCAGCAGGGACAGGAAGAGGAGAGGCAUAUUGAUAGUCCGCCGUCCGAACGCAGCGAGCGAUCGGAGACUGGGAGUGAGACGUGGACGAUGCCAAGGACAUCAUUGACACUCCCGCCUCUGCCCAGCUCAGAGGACAUCUCCUCCUACCUCCUCUCAAAAGUCCUCACAGCCGACGACAUCAAACCGCCCAAGGCAUUAAUGCACCGCACCACCGGCCUAGGUGAACUAGCCGAAAUCCUCUACAUCAUCCGCCCCGUCAUCUACGCAACAGCAAUGGCUUACUGGACCACCCCGAACCCCGACGGCACCCCCCGUGGCCGUGGAAAAGCCGACUGGCGCCCUUGGCUGCUAGGUCUGAGUAUCGAGUACGGUGCACGCCAACUCGCAAAACGGGAAUUGGAGACGCGACGACCGGGUGGAGCGAGGGGGUUGACAAUGUUGGAGAAGGAGGAGUUGAAGAGGAGGGGGUGGGCGUUGGGGUGGUGGGGGAUGCGGGGCGCGUUUUAUGAGAAUAUUACGAGGGGUGUUAUUAAGGGGGUAGUGGGAAGGUUGAAGGGGAAGGUGGUGUUGGAUAUGGUGGGGAGUGUUAUGGAGGAUUAUGAUUUUCUUUGGGAUGAGUACUAUUUCCCUACUGCUACUUUGUGA